CUGUAAAACAUCUGUAGUGAUUUCAAAAUAGUCAUUGACAUGGAUAGCUACAGAAACCAUGACGUGAGCCCAUGUCGGCCAUGAUACAAAGUGUAAAGUGAAACAUUGGGUAUAACAGAACAACUUGCAAUAUAAAUUCUGUGACUAUUAGUUCAGAAGACGCUGAACAUGAAGUUCAGCAGCAAACCUACACUCCUUGAACUCAGCGUGGAUGUUUGUCGACGAAAGAAUGAAGUACCACAUACUGUGCAAUAUCGAUGUGUGUCGACGAAGCAAUAAAGUACCACCAUACACUGUCCGGUACUAGACAGAGACAUGGAGCACACAUAUUAUAAACAAACAUACUACACAAAGCUGGAGCUGAUAGUUCGAAAGUCAGCUGCAAAAAGGAAUCUGGAGAAUACAGGUUGUGGAAGAUAGAGAUGAGUCAGUUAACUGUACACAACCUACUUGAAGAAUGCCGUGACGUCACUAAGUUGGUACGGAAUUGAAACAGCCGUCGACAAGUAAGUCUAGUCAGUCCAGUCUAGCUAGUUAGUGGUUGGUCAUGGCAUCAACUCGGCAGUGAUGACUGGUUUCGUAAAGACGAGUUACAUACUUCUUCUUUUAUUUUGUUUGAGGACAGUGAGCAAGUUUGAAAGUCAGCCCGUGGAUGAUAGGGUGGAUGCCGGGAAACAGGCACAUUUCCACUGUCUCACUAACGGCAAUUCUAUUUUCUGGAGGGUGGAUGGCACCAACUUAGAUGAUCUUCCGUCAGGGACACUAAAGGAUGAAGCUGUGCAGAAUGAAAGUACAUUAAAUGAUGAAGGACAUCGCAUCUUCACCCUCAGCUUCCCAGGAAAGGCCAUAUACAAUGGCACUGAAGUGCAGUGUGUCGCUGAUGAUGGCGAAUUUAGCAAUGUCGCGACUUUGAUUGUAAAAGACUUUAAUGUUGCAGGGGCAUUGCCAGGCAAUAGGUAUCCGAAGAAGCUUUUUAAUCAGGAAUGGAAUUUUAAGCCACGGAGAGGUCUUGACAAGGCAGAGUGGUUGCAUGAUAUUCAAAAUGGGGAUUGCUCCUUGAAGGGCUUUUUGUCUAUAAUAGGGGACAGUAUUAAUGAGAGGGAGAUUAGAAAGUUUGAAGAGGGGCUAAAUAGCAAAGUAAAGCUGUUAUUGUAUAAGACAUUUAACAAGGUGGUAGAGUUCAAAAAGUACAUGCAUGGGAAAAGUGAUGCUGGGUCUAGAUUAAUGUUUAAGUUCAGGUCAGGCACGCAUGGGCUAAAUGAGGAACUGGGCAGGCAUAGGGGGAGGGAGGGGGUGAAAGAGUGCCUGUUGUGUGAUGAUGAGUGUGAAAGUGUGAGUCAUGUGUUGUGGGUGUGUCCAGCAUAUAGUAGUCUUAGGAGCAAUUUCUUAGUUGCCCUGCAGGGGAAGCUUGGGGGUGAUGGGUUUGAGCAUUUCCAGUCGCUUGAUAGUUUCAGGAAAGCAUCCUUUAUAUUGGGUAGUGAACUGUGGGAGGAUAAUUUUGGUUCUUUGCUUGGCCUUGUUAAAGAUUUUAUUUUGGAUGUUUGGGAGCUAAGAAAGGUUACGUUAUACGGCGAUAGUCCCUGUGUACAACAAACCCAGUCUCAGAUUGCGUCUGGGGAGCUGCAGGGUGUCGCUGGUGGAAGGGGUGAGUUGAGGUGUCUGGGAGGUGAGACAGACACCUCAUGUUCAUAUGGUGUAUGUUCGUGUGUUAACGGUUCCGCCCAUUGCUCUGGGUGCGUGGUCUAUGGCCCUAGUGCUAUGGCAGCCACCUGAGUAUUAUUAUUAAUGUUGCAGGGGCACUAACAUAUGUCACAGAUGUGACAAUCACCAGAAAUGGAAACUCUUUGACUGUGCUGUGGGUGCUUCCGUAUCCACUAAACGAGACAAGUGUGGAGAUAUGGUACCAUGUAAUCAUGGAGAACGUUACGGAUGAGAAUAACCCCGUGAUGCUCAACUACCCCGGCUGUAAUAUUACAACUGAGACAAGCUGCACCUUUCCGUUCAGCUUCGUUGACCUUUGUGAGCAGUAUGCUGCCACAGUUGUGCCAUUCAGUGAGGCUGGCCAAGGGAAUAGUAGUCGAGGUCUCUUGAACAGUCACCCCGAUUGUACGUCUGACCGGGAAGAUGUGGAUUUAGAUGACAACGAUUUGGAAACCCCCCAAAACGAAAAUGAAGAUGAGAUGCUCAUUUACAUUCUAAGUAUUACUGGUGGGGUGGUCUUACUAGCUAUACUAGUAUGUGUGACCAUUGCCAUCGGCGUUGUGAUUUGGAAGUGGAGGGGGGAAAAGACUACAUCUAAUGAGAGUAUGCAAGAACUUGAGGAGAUCAGACAAGGAGACCCACCAUCAGCGGAGGAAGUAAGUGAGAGCAAUAAAGAUGAGGGUGAAGUGAUACUGGUUGCAACCAAUGAUACUACUGAGAAGAUGGAUGAGCGCGAGGUUGUUGAAGAAGAGGAGAUGAAACCCGAAACAGCACUGACUGAAUCUCACCAAAUUCCAUCUGAUAUUCCUGAGAACAAGAGAGAGCAAAUGGGGGUUGCUGAAGGUGAGGAUGGUAGAGAGAAGAAACCUCAGAUGACACUGAAAGAGCCAUCCUACCUGCCUACUGAGAUGAAAAAGGUUGCCGAAGAAGAGAGGAUAAGAGUUGACCAAGAGAGCCAUUCUCAGAGGACGAUUGCUGGUGGUGUAACAGAAGGAGGUGUUGAGGACUUAACCCCCUUUAAAUCAGCUCAACCGGUAAAAAGCAGCAGUUCUCAGCAAGGAGAAGGUUUUGUUGCUGGGAGCCACUAUGUAUCAGUGUCAAAUACGGAGAGGCCACUUCUGAUUGAAAGAGAGGAAGCUACUGCUGAAACUUCAGCUGUGACUAGUGUCGAGGAAGAAAGUCAUGAAGAUUCUACUGCAAUGAUUGCUCCUACUAGUGAUAUGAGCAGCAGGGAUGAAGGGACUGGUGAAUAUGUUGCUACCAAACCCUCAAAGGUAUUUUUGCCGAAGUCAAGUCCUCGACUUCAAAGAAAGACAAGCCAAGAUCGUGAGCACGACAAGAAGGAGGAGCAGAACGAGGGCAUGAAGUCUCUCCUACAAGCCUACCAGGAAAACAAGGAUGCUGACGUUCUGGAGGGGAAGUAAAAUGGGGACCUUUUUAUUAUGUGUUGUGGACGAUGUGUGUCAGUGGACCAUUUUAUUUUGUAUAUUUUAUAUUGUAUUAUUAAUUUGUACACCAAGUUAAGAGUGAAUGUAAAAAGAAUUAUUGUAUACGAUAAAGCUACAUGUUUCUGUAGAUUAUGUACGUGAUCUUGUCAUUUUCAUGUGAAAAUUUUACAUGAAAAAAAGGUUUACUAUGGAGCGUCCCAGGUAUACUACGGGAAAUCAAGUACCUCGUGUGGACCAAUCAGAUUGCUCAAUUUAAACCAGCUAUGCACUAAAUAUAGGUUAGAUGCGGAGCCUAG